CAUUUUCAUUUAUUUAUUACAAAUCUUAAUAUAUUUCUCACUUGAGAAAUUUCAAGAUAUAUAAUAAACAAAAAUGGUUUAAUCUGGGCAGUUUCAUAAAUAAAGAAAAUUGAUCCCAACAACCUAAAAUAGAUAUUUUCUUUUUGGAGGAAGGAUGGGUUUGUGUACAUGGUUCCAACACAAAUUCACCGAUCCUGUUCUCUUGGUUCUCCGAGGUGGUGCUGAGCCGAAGCAGUUGUCUUUCUCUGCUGCUCUUGGGAUUACACUUGGAGUGUUUCCUAUUUGUGGUGUCACUGUGCUUCUCUGCGGUAUUGCUAUAACGUUACUUGGAUCGUUUGUUAACGCUCCCAUUCUAUUGCUUGCAAACUUCAUUGCUACUCCCAUUGAGUUGAGUUUGAUUAUACCGUUUCUGCGUCUCGGCGAAUUUAUCACCCGUUCGCCUCAUUUCACUCUAUCAUCCGAUGUUUUAAAGAAAGUUCUUACCGGUCAAGCUUCAAAGCAGGUCCUACUAAGCAUUGCCAAUGCGUUAUUAGGGUGGCUAGCUGCAUCGCCUUUAAUUUUGGCAAGUCUUUACAUAUCACUGCUACCGUGCUUUAAAUUUCUAAUUCGAAAACUCAGCAGUCCUCCUUCGAGUCCAAGGAUGCCGCUCCAACCAUUGUCAGAUGUCGGGUUUAAGGCAAGGGACGUUUGACAGAUAACCACUUAAUCUGCAUUCAUCGGGAGUGAUCCGUCAUUCGCAUGUUGUAUUAUUGAAUUGUUUCAUAGUGAAACACGUUAUAUAUACUUAUUCAAAAAACUACACUGACAGUGUAAAAUAGUUGUACACGCAUAUUCGAUAUGAAUUAGUCAAUUCUCUCAAGUGGUUGAAUUGUUUGUAAAUGUGAAUACCUGUCUCAUGAAUUAAUCUUUAAGUUAUUUUUUCGUGUA